AGCUGUGAACCUUGCUCCUUCAGCUCCUCCCUCGAGAGAAUGCCUUCUGCUCCCAACGAUUUUAAAGCCUGGUCUGUUUGAUUCCUCUGGCAAUCAAUUACCUCUUCAGCUUUCAGCUUCCGACUGUCAGCCUUCCACCACUGGAGGAGGGGCUUGGUGCCUAGAAUCCGAGGCAUGAACUACGCACGGUUCCUCACGGCCACGAGCGCGGCCAGAAAAGCUUGUGCCAUCCGAGUCGUGGCUGACAUCAUGGAAAAGGCACCGAAAUCUCUCAUCCCCUUGGCUACGGGAGCACCGAAUCCGGACACGUUCCCUUUCAAGACUGCUGUCAUCACCAUAGAAGACGGACAGACCAUCCAAUUGAACGAGCAGAUGAUGAAGACAGCGCUUCAGUAUUCUCAGAGCGCUGGAAUCCCAGAGCUGCUAUCCUGGCUAAAACAGUUACAAGUACACCUGCAUAACCCUCCCACCAUCCACUACCCAUCCAGCGAAGGACAAAUGGACAUAUGUGUCAUGAGUGGCAGCCAAGAAGGCCUCUGUAAGGUGUUUGAAAUGAUCAUUAAUCCCGGAGAUAAUAUCCUCGUAAAUGAACCGAUUUAUGCAGGAACAAUUCAUGCUCUGCAACCACUGGGCUGCAACAUUAUUAACGUUGCCAGUGAUGAAUACGGAAUUAUUCCAAACUCCCUCCGUGAAAUACUUUCCAAAUGGAAACCAGAAGAUUCAAAGAACCCUGAGAAAAACACCCCCAAAUUUCUGUAUACCAUCCCAAAUGGCAACAACCCUACUGGACACUCACUAACAAGCAACCGCAAAAAGGAAAUCUAUGAGCUGGCAAGAAAAUACGACUUCCUCAUAGUAGAAGACGAUCCCUACUACUUUCUGCAGUUCAACAAGCCCUGGGAGCCGACGUUUCUUUCCAUGGAUGUUGAUGGGCGUGUCAUCAGAGCUGACUCCUUUUCCAAGGUCCUCUCCUCUGGGCUGAGAAUAGGGUUUAUAACUGGCCCAAAGUUCCUGAUCGAGAGACUUGUUCUACACACACAAGUUUCAACACUGCACCCCAGCACUUUCUCCCAGGUCCUGGUGUCACAGCUUCUCCACCAGUGGGGACAGGAGGGCUUCCUGGCUCAUGUAGAAAGGGUUACUGAUUUCUACAGGAAGCAGAAGGAUGCUUUAUUGGCGGCUGCAGACAAGUGGUUACGUGGUUUGGCAGAAUGGCAUGUUCCGACUGCGGGAUUGUUUUUAUGGAUUAAAAUUAAGGGUAUUGACGAUGCAAGAAAACUGACUGAAAAGAAAGCCCUUAAAAAAGAGGUAUUACUGGUUCCUGGAUGUGGUUUUUAUGUUGAUGACUCAGCUCCCAGCCCCUACUUCAGAGCAUCCUUCUCCUUGGCCUCUCCAGAACAGAUGGAUGUGGCCUUCCAGAGAUUAGCCCAGCUCAUAAAAGAAUCUUUAUGAAGAAAUUAAACUUCAUAGGACUCACGGUUUUCAGAUAAAUUCUUUCUAUGUUUUAGCAGGAAGAAAUGAUCCUCGCUAUUAAACAGACUAGAUUUCAUCAAACAAGCUGCAUCUGUGGUAAUUUAACUGGACAACAUGUAAAGUGCCUUUAAACCUAUCAGAUCGCCAAAAUGUAUUUAAAAUCCACUUACACUUUUUAAUAAAUUUUCAACCCACAAAAAAAAAAUUUAUCCUAGAUUUCUGUAACUGCAUUGUAAUUUCUCAUAGAUUUUCUUUGAAACUGACAUUUCAUAGUAAAUGAUUUGUAAGCAAGCCAUUAAGUCCAAAAAUAGCAUAUAAAAUGUGAACUUUUUCUAUUUUUAAGAAAAUGUCAUAAAAUUUUGUUGCAAAAAUUGUUAAAUUUGACCAUUAUGCACAACUUUCAGUUAGAGUAUCACAGACCUUGUGUUAUGCCACAGAAAUCCGUUUAAAAUAAAACUCUGAGACUAGGCACAGCCA